AUGUCUUUGCAGGACAAAUAUCCGGCCUAUGGUGGCCAUGGGCCCAAGGAUCUCCGUCUAGGGAUUUCCCUAGCGGUCAUUGCCACUAUUUUCAUGAUCAUGCGUGUAUAUGUACGGAUCAAGGUGAACAAAUUUGGUACAACGGCCCUAUUACUCUCUCUAUUAGCAUGGCUGCUCACUGCCAUUACUCAAACCUUGGGAAUUAUUUCGGUACUGCAUGGCCUUGGCAACCAUAUCACUAUUAUCGCUCAAGUGGGCGAGUUGCACAACUUCCUUCUUUUCACCUGGAUUACUGUAUUCUUUUUCAACUUGGCCAUUCCUACCGGAAAAGUGGCCGUGGCUGCGUUCUUGAUCGAGAUGAAUGGACCUAGCAGUGAGAUUUUCCAGACCCUAUCGAAUCAUCCUGAGAUCAAUGUACUAAUAUAUCCAUCAUCAGACCCUAAAAUUCGUCGCAGCCUCAUUGCCGUCGCCGUUGUGAACAUCGUCCUAAACAUCCCACAGGCCCUUCUCGUUUGGUUUCAAUGCACUCCUGUUGAUGCUAUCUGGGACCCCCAGCGCCAAGACAUGUGUGAUCACAGGAUAAGCGUCUACUAUACCUACGUUGUUGGCGCGGUAGCUGCUCUCUCCGACUUUUACCUUGCCAUAGUACCCAUUCACAUGCUCAUCCCCUUGCGCAUCGACCGUAAGCUUAAAUGGGGUCUGAGUUUCCUGAUGGGCUGUGGCGUUUUUGCGGGCGUCGCUGCCAUCAUCCGUACCUGGGCGGCAAAGUUUAUCCUCGACGCGGAUUCUUCUUAUGGUGUUGGUACCCUAUUUCUCUGGGGUGAAGUCGAGGAAUGGCUUGUUCUCAUCACCAUGUCCAUUCCCCCUGUCUGGCCCCUCUUUCGCCCUUUUACCAGCAAAUUCAUCAAAUCUACCAGCUCUCGAGGCCAACCACCCGCUUACGCCUACGGCUACAACUACAAGCGGACUGGCAGCAUAACAGGUGUCAAUUCCCCCUUGUCCCCCUCCUUCCCGCCACCCCUUAUCACCACUACCAUCUCUGUUUCUUCGGCCAAGGAGGCUCAGAAUACCAUUAUGCCAUCAGAAGCUAGCACACGAAGCUCGGAUGAGCGUGAGCCUCGCCAAAUCCUACCAAACACCAGUGCACAGGGUGGCUGGGUUGAAAUGAGCCCUGUGCAUCACCCGCGCCCGCAAUAA